AUGGAAUGGAUAGAAACAACCUCAGGUAAUCGAAUCUCCAGAAAAGCAGUCAUUCUAGGAGCCACCAACAUCUUGCUUGCUGGCAACACCACCAUUGCUGCCUCUGUUUCCCUCAAUGGCGACGUGCGAUUGAAUUCUGCCUCCAACAAGAUCUCCAUCCAGAUAGGAAAACACUCUCUCAUAGGCCCCAGCUCCGAGAUAUGGCCUCCCAUCAUAGGCUUCAAAAGAACCAAGACCAAAGCCAAACGAGUCCAUGGAACCUCCAAGAUCGGUUCCUUCACCAUCAUCUCCAAAAACUGUGUUGUGAAGAGCAUCAAUAUCGGCAAUCGUGUCUUGAUUGAGAAGAACUGCUACAUUGGCAACCUAUCAAUAGUCUACGACAACGUUGUAAUAAAGAAAAACUCCUGUAUACCUGACAAGUUCAUUAUUCCCCCAUUUUCCUAUGUUUACGGGAAACCUCCUAACCUAGUUGUUGAAUCUUUGCCUGUCUCCUUCAAAAACAUCAUCGAAAGAAAAGCCAGAGAAUUG